AUGGGUAUCUUCAGUGCACCAAACACCGGCCAUGGCUCCGACCCCAUCGUCACUCGCAUGGUGGAGCAAGACAAGGUGCCGUGGUACAAGAAGCCGAAUUUGAGAGUCAUGUACUUCUACCUCUUUGUCUGCUGCAUGGGCGUGGAGAUCACUUCUGGCUUCGAUUCGCAACUCAUCAACACACUACAGUUCUCCGGACCGUUCAAUAAGUACUUCGGAAAUGGCUAUCACAACCCGAAGACGGGCAAGCCUGACAUCAGGCCCGCGAUCCUUGGAUUCAUCUCGUCUUGCUAUCAGCUUGGCUCGAUUCUCGCUGUACCGGUUGCGCCUUGGUUCAAUCAAAGGUUCGGAAGGCGGGCGUCAAUUAUGGCGGGUUCUUUGAUUAUGGUGGUCGGAGCUCUCUUGCAAGGUUUUGCCCAACAUCUUGCGAUGUACAUCAUCGCUCGUAUGCUUCUGGGUGUCGGCAUCGUCUUCUGUAUCAUCUCCGGCUCUUCCCUCAUCGGUGAGCUCGGUCACCCCAAAGAGCGGCCGUAUCUCACCUCACUUUUCAAUGCCUCGUACUUCAUCGGAUCCAUCCUUGCGGCAGCCAUUGCAAUUCGCACCACCGGUAUUGCGGGCGACUGGAGCUGGCGCGUGCCAUCUCUCUUGCAGAUGUGCCCAUCGACCCUGCAAAUCGUCUUCGUAUACUUCCUGCCAGAGUCUCCUCGAUGGCUCGUUGCCAGGGACCGCGAUGAUGAAGCUUUUGCGAUCCUCACGAAGUACCACGCCGAGGGCGAUGCCAGCUCGUUGCUUGUGCAGGCCGAGAUGGCACAGAUCCGAUCCACCAUCAAGAUCGAGCUGGAGCACUCCAAGCAGUCAUGGACGGAUAUGCUCCGCACCAAGGGCAUGCGCCGUCGUGUUCUCAUCACGGUCUUUCUGGGUCUCUUCACGCAGAUGAGCGGCAACACCCUGCUGUCAUACUACCAGAACCUUCUCUUUACCUUGAUGGGCUACACCUCCCAAUACGCCAAGACCAGGAUCAACAUCGCCAACAAUUGCUGGAGUCUGAUCAACGCCGUUGUCAUCGCCCUAGUCGUCACUCGGUUUCGUCGACGGAGGAUGUUCAUGCUCUCCGCCGCAUCAAUGACCCUGGUUUUCAUGGCCAUGACUAUCUGCUUUCAGCGCCUUCGUGUAGCGCAGGAGAACGGCGUCAAGAAUCCCUCCGCCCAGAUCGCUUCGCUGUUCUUCUUCUUCGCCUAUUCGCCCUGCUACAACAUCGGCAACAACUCUCUCACCUACACCUAUCUCGUGGAACUCUUUCCAUAUGCCCAGCGUACCAUGGGCAUCGGCGUUCAGCAGAUUUUCGGCAAGCUUGCAGGGUUCUUCAGCGUCAAUGUCAACCCCAUUGCGCUCACCGCCAUCGACUGGAAGUAUCUCGCAAUCUACUGCGGUUGGAUUACGUUCGAGUUCAUGUUCAUAUACUUCAUGUAUCCUGAGACGUACAAUCGUACGCUUGAAGAGCUGGCUUUCUUGUUUGAGGAUCAGGAGCUCGCUGAUGAGCAGACCAGGGCUGUCGAGAAGCAGAUCGACCAGAACCAUGCUGAGGGCGAGGUCGAGGGCGUGUCUAGCAAGGUUGAGACGACUUUCAUCGAACGUGCUAUUUGA